GCGAAAAAAAAAAUUAUCCAAAAAUGUCUGAAGAACUCCCAUAUAAAUGUGAAUACGCAAAAAGCGGUCGUGCCGGGUGUAAAGGAUGCAAAACGAACAUAGCUCAAGGGACAUUGCGCAUCGCCGUUAUGGUUCAGUCGGCAUUUCAUGAUGGAAAACAACCCAACUGGUUUCAUCAGGCAUGUUUUUUCAAGAAACAUCGACCGGCUACUGAAGCACUUAUCGAUGGAUUUCCCAAGCUUCGUGUUGAAGAUCAAAAGGAAAUUCGCGGAAAUCUGGGUGGUGGUGUCACUGCUGUCAUUCCUCAACCGAAGAAAGAAAAAGGAAAAAAAAGGUCAGUGGACCCGGGAACAUCAAAAGGAAUGGCGAUGCUGAUCAAUGACUUUGGGAUUGAGUAUGCAAAAUCUGGGCGGGCGUCGUGCGCCGGUUGUCAUCAAAAAAUUCCAAAAGAUGAAGUGCGCAUCAAGAAAGUUGCACAUGAUACGGAAAUCGGGCUAAAAUUUGGCGGCCAGGCCUUGUGGCAUCACGUGGAGUGUUUUGCUCAGCUGCGAACUGCACUCGGUUGGUUUGAGUCGGCCGAAAUACUUCCAGGCUUCAAAAGUUUAUCGAAAGAUGACAAAGCUAAUGCCAAGAAGCACAUUCCAGCAAUCAAGCAAGAUGUUGAUGAGCCGUCAUUGAAGAAACAAAAGGUGGACGAAGUUGAUAGUGCUCUUGAGGCAAAGAUCGAGCAACAAAACAAAGAGUACUACAAACUCCGUGACAAACUGGAAAGUCAAACGAAAAAGCCAGUGUAUAUUGCCAUUCUUGAAGCCAAUCGGCAAGCUAUUCCUGAAGGCAAUUCGGAAGUGUUGGAUCAUGUGACAGAUGUGAUUUACUUUGGAGCAAUAAAACCGUGCACCAAUUGUAAGAAUGGAAAUUUCAUCUUUGGAAACACGUCGUAUGUAUGCAAUGGUAAUUUGUCCGAAUGGGCAAAAUGUGACAACGUCGUCAAAGAGCCGGAACGAACACAGGUCAAGAUACCGCAGUACAUCAAGGAAGAACACUCAUUUUUGGGAAAACAGUUCAAAGUCAAAGCGCGUGCGGUACGAAAUGUGCCAGUUGCUGUACAGGCAAAGCUUAAAGUUAAAAAAGAAGAAAUCGAUGAUAUUGAUGCACCGCGUGUACAACGUGAGAAGCCCCCGUUGUAUAACAUGGAAUUUGUCAUUGUUGGAAAGAUGGAAAAAUCGAAAGAGGACAUUAAGAAAAUGAUCCAGAAGAUGGGAGGAAAAGUUGGAAGCAAAAUUCACGAAAAAACUGUUGCGGUUAUUUCGACUGCAGAAGAGGUGGAUCGUAUGGGUCAUCGUAUAAAGGAGGCAAAAGAAUUCGGUAUCCAAGUUGUACCCGUGCAUUUCUUGGAUGAUGCAAAAACUGGAAACGCCGUUUCUUUGAUCAUAUCGCAAAGUUUGUGUGACUGGGGCACUGAUCCGCAUGCACGCAUUCCGCAAGAUGAGCUCAAAUCGAAAUCGAAGAGCAUCUACACAAAAUCCGUUCCAAAAUCGCAAAAAUUAAAAUUGAAAAACGGAACCGCUGUAGAUCCGGAUUCCAAACUUGAAGAUAUCGCUCAUGUUUAUUGUGAAGGAAAGACCAAAUAUUUUGCCAUUCUGUGCAAUGUUGAUAUUGCAAAAGACAAAAAUUCAUACUACAAGAUACAAUUGCUCGAGUCAGAUCGUGACCAUCGAUAUUGGGUUUUCCGUUCUUGGGGCCGCAUUUCAACCACAAUCGGCUCAACCAAAUUAGAAACAUAUGGAAGUUUGGAACAGGCACGAGAAGCAUUCGAACAGAUUUAUGAAGAACGCACCGGAAAUUUCUUCGGUGAAAAGAAGUUUGUCAAAUACCCGGGCAAAUACUAUAAGAUGGACAUCGAUUAUGGUGAAGAGGAAGAGGUACGCAAAUUGACUGAAAGCAAAAUCAAAUCAACGUUGGCUACACCAGUUCAAGAUCUUAUUAAGCUAUUAUUUGAUGUGAAUAUGAUGAAACAAAUGAUGUUGGAGUUUGAUCUCGAUAUGGAGAAAAUGCCGCUGGGCAAGCUUAGCUCGAAACAGAUCAAAGCUGCAAUGAACGUGUUACAGGAGAUAGCGGAGCUAAUCCAGAAGGACGCAUCAUCGGGAAAAUUUGUCGAGGCAUCGAACCGUUUUUACACGAUGAUUCCACAUGACUUUGGAAUAAGACGACCGCCAAUCUUAGACUCAAUCGAAAUGGUAUCGAAAAAGGCCGAAAUGCUGGAGAGCCUGCUGGAAAUGGAAUUGGCUUAUGGGCUUUUGAACGAGGAAACGGAUGCGCAGAAGAAUCCACUCGAUGCGCACUACGAACAAUUGAAAACCGACAUUGUGCCAAUCAAUAAAACAAGUGAUGAAUACGAGCUGCUUUGUCGCUAUGUGAAGAAUACUCACGCCCCAACCCACACAAACUAUAGUUUAGAAGUUGAAGAAAUAUUCAAAGUGGUUCGAAAGGGUGAGGAACGCAGAUUCAAGCCAUUCAAGAAAUGGAACAAUCGUCAACUGCUUUGGCACGGAUCUCGUCUCACCAACUACGUUGGCAUUCUAAGUCACGGUUUGAAGAUUGCCCCACCAGAAGCACCAGUCACUGGCUAUAUGUUCGGAAAAG